AUGCUUCUGGUUGCUGUCGCUUUUGGCAAGUUUUCCGACUUCUGUGAAAUCCAAAUCAGCUAUAAUUUUGAUUAUCAUAUAUGGCACACGCUGAAUGAAGGAUUGCCAUUGUCUGUAGCGAAUAAACUAAAGCAUAUUGCGUUUAUGAGAAUGUCGGGAGAAAUCUCAAUUCUCCAACAUUCUUAAUCGCCAACUCCAAUAAGCAAUUUAAUCGUCCUUACUUUUUAGAGUACAGGGACCAGUCACCAACGUAUGAGCUUUGUGAAAAACAGCAUAGAGACUGCACUCUUGUGCGCUACAGAGCUGAAGACAAAACCAAGGGCGAAGGCUGUCGUAACGCGUGUGGAAUGCAACGAGGUCCGUCCUAACCAAGUGUAUUUACUCCUACGAUAUGUCAGUUCAGCCUGAUUUAUAUUAAUUCACUUAAUUACUCCUAUUCGUCUUUGCUGGCAUUGCAAAUAACAAAACCAAUCUUGUCUUUAGGAGACCUAAGCGAGAAAAUGACAGUGUACUUCUGCGAAGAAUUCAACGAGCCCUGCAAGCCGUACGACGUGUAUGGAAGAAGCGGAUACGCGGAAAACUUUGAGAGACACGUCAUGUGUGUCAGCCUGUGUCACUUUGUUGCAAAAGGUAUAAUACCCUAGGCUACUUUUAGUCCAAAAAACCUUGAUGUCAACAUUCAUACGCAAGUGAUUUUCUAUUUUAGUUGAACAUAGCUCAGUGGAUUACUUCGACAUGUUUUCGGUCACUAUGGAUUUCUUCCUUGAGAUAAAGAGAAUAAAUGGGACCUUUGGUGCAUUCAAUAAAUGCGUCUUUGAAUACGAUGGCUGGCCAAAACGUGAGCGGUUUUAUUUUUACUGAGAUUUUUAGUGGCAAGUCAGAUAUAACGCCUCGUCGUUGUUACAUACUGGGUUUUUUUCUUAAAGUGGAAAACAGCUUGGAGGACACAGCAGGCUUUUGUCCCAAAGAAGGCAUUUGUGAGGAGGCCAAAUUCUUCAGCAAUCCAAGAACAGAAAAUGCAUAUGCUGGUCUACAGAAAUGCUUAACAAACUACACGUCAGGUGAUUUAUUCGGAUGA